CAGCGCACAACAUGCCACUAGAGACAGCAUGUGUUGAGGAGGCAGAGUGUGUAAUGUCGGAGCCCAGAGAGAUUUGUGUGAAGCCAGAGCCCAGAGAGUUGUGUGUGAAGACAGAGCCUGGGGAGUUGUGUGUGAAAACAGAGCCCAGAGAGGUGUGUGUUAAGACUGAGGCCGGUGAGGUGUGUGUUAAGACUGAGGCCGGUAAGGUGUGUGUUAAGACGGAUCCAGGAGAGGUGUGUGUUAAGACGGAUCCCGGAGAGGUGUGUGUUGAGACAGAUACCGGAGAGGUGUGUGUUAAGUCUGAACCCGGAGAAUUGUGUGAUAAGACGGAUCCAGGAGAGGAGUGUGUGAAGACAGAGCCCGAGGUGUUGUGUAUGAAGACGGAGCUCGGAGAGUUGUGUGUGAAGGAGGAGCGGGAGUGCGAGGACAACGUGCUGUGCGGAGAGAGUGCGGUGGCCGCGCCGGCCGGACUGUAUACGGACCAUGAGGUCAAGGACGAGCUCGCGCUAGGCCCCGAGGAGUGCCACCGUCCUAAAGUGCUUCAAGUGUAUUCGGACGGCAACGCCAGGGAACAGCUUGCGAUGGCUUGUUCUUUAGUAAACGCGUGCUUUCGCAGUGACGCGUAUGUUCACAGUGGACACAAACCAUACGGCUGUGACCACUGUGGGAGACAUUUCAAAAAAAAGUGUAUUUUAAGAAAACACAUUCAACGCAUGCACUUGUCGACUGGGCCAAAACAAUAUGCUUGUGAUUUUUGUAGUUCUACAUUCCAAACUAAAUUCCUUGUAUUAGAGCACGAAAGAAUCGAACACGGUGUUACAAAUUUCAUGUGUGCUGAAUGUGAGUAUACGACGAUUUACAAGAGAAAUUUGCACGCUCAUUUAAAAACUCAUUCUGUGGACAACCCUAUUAAUUGUAAUUACUACAGUUGUAAAGGUCAGUUUAAAAGUGAUUUACAUGAACACCAAGCGAUACACACUGGUGAUCAGGAGACACUCCUAAGACUACACACCAGAAAAAACCAAGCCAAGCCUUAUGCAUGUAAUGAUUGUGAUUACAAAUGCCGUCAUCCAUCAAUUUUACAAAAUCACCGCAUUAUACAUAUUGGGGCGAAGCCAUUUAAGUGUAGCGAGUGUGACUACAGCUGCAAUCGAAAAGCAUACUUGCGAACACAUCUGAGGAUACACACCGGAGAGAAGCCGUAUGCAUGUAGUCAUUGCGAUUACAAGUGCAGUGAAAGCUCAAGUUUACGAAAACACGAAAUAAAGCAUACUGGCCAGAAGCCUUUUAUGUGUAGCUACUGUGAUUACAAAUGCAGUCAACUAUCAACCUUACAAAGACACCUGAUGAUUCAUACUGGGGCCAAGCCAUUUAAAUGUAGCAGCUGCGACUACAAGUGCAAUCGGAAAGCAGGCUUACGAGUUCAUCAAAGAAUACACACCGGAGAGAAGCCGUACACAUGUAGUAAUUGUGACUACAAGUUCAGGAGUAUGUCAGGCUUACGACAACAUGAAAAGACACAUACAGGCGAGAAGCCUUUCCAGUGUAGCCAAUGUGAUUACAAAUUCACUCAAAAAGCAAACUUACAAAGACACCAGAGGACACACACUGGAGAAAAGCCUUUCAAAUGUAGCCGUUGUGAUUACAGAGGUCGUGAUAAAUCAACCCUGCGAAAACACCAGAACACGCAUACAGGGACAAAGCCUAUAAACGUAGCAACAGCGAGUACAAGUGCAGCCUGAAACAGCACCUGCGAAGACACCGUACGAUACACACGGAACAGAAGCCUUAUAGGGAACGUUCGCGUUGGAGGGUGUUGGGGGCCUUUUGACCUAAAUUUGUUUAGGUAUUUAAUUAGUUCAGUUUUAAGUUAGGUCAUCGCUAUGGCUUGCCGUGGCAGUACGAGUGUGAAUCCUGCUUAGUGUUUUUUUAAUGUAGUAAUCUAUUUUAUAGUAUUGUCAAAUGUUACACAAAUUGUGAUGUUAAACAAAUGUAUUUACUUUCUUUCUUCCUUAACCUCCUGCAUACUUUAAUUUGAACUAUAUACCACAUAUAUAACGGCGGUCUAUGUCCUUUGAGUAGGACAAACGUAGGCACAAGGUUAUAUCGGAAAGUAAAACUUGACAUUGACUCUCCACGGGAACGGCACGGAUAGACGGACAUGGCUAAACUAAUAGGGUUCCUAGGUUUAUAUAGGAUUACUCGUGUCUGUGUGUCCGUCCGUCUGUUUCAGCCAGAGUGCUACGAAACUACCGAUUUAGUUAAAAUUCGGUGCGUUAGUGCUUCUAAGAAUUUUAAAUAUAAAUGUUUACAUCCUCGCACCUCUUCUC